UGGCUGGCGAGUAAAGAAUGGGUCAUGGGAAUGGCACGUCUCAGAAUGGAAGUCAGUUGAUGAUUUCAAGCGCUUUUUGCUUCAAAGCGCCCGCUGACGACGGUGUGGAGAGGAGAUGCCGGGGGUGUUGCGGGGCAGGAUCCGGACAUGGAGAAGCUGCAUGUGGAAAAGCCCUGUCGGGCCACAGUCCUGGAGACAAGACGCAGAGGGAGCGAUACCACGGGAAGCUUGGGGACAAAGAUUGCAGAUUUCCUAUCGCCCCUUCUCUGGAGAGGUUCAUGGCUGAGGUGUACCAGGCGCCAUCACUGUGUGAACUUGUAUUUGAGCGUGGUGUGUAUGGGGGACUUGUCCUCGCUGUGUCAGUUCUCCAGGAAGUACACAGCGAGAUGGGUCAGUUGGGGUGUAUUUCUACGGAUAAUGAAGAUGAAAACAAUGAGUCUUCGUACGUCAGCCAGGAUCUGCCCCACCGGACUCGUGGGACACGUUGCAGCCUCUGCCUCCAUUCCCGAUCCAGGUGGACAGGCCCAAUUCUACCUCCAGGAGCAUCUGACUUCUAAUCUAUUCACGGGUUCAUUAAGACCCUGGUUGAGCACGUGUGUGUCAAGCCCUGCACGAGACACUGGACGUGGUCAUGGAAAGAGCCCACCAACCCUGUUAUGUGGCCCAGAAGACCAGCCUCUUCCCCUGUCAUCUUCUGAGAUCUCUGCUUUUCGCUGGGCUUGGUCCGUAGCAGGGUGGAGAGAGGCUGAGCUUUCCUGCCUGUGCACUCUCUCAGAGACAUUCGCUCCCCCUCUGGAGCCUCUGGUUCUGUCGGCAGCCCCUCUCCACAGCCAGAGCCCUGAGUUCUGGAAAAGGCAAUCAGAACACAGACGGACACAGACACACACAGAGGGAUGACCAUGUGAAGACACAGGGAAGAUGGACAUUUACAGGCCAAGGAGAC